AUGCCGGAUCCUGGAACCCCUGGCGCCCCAUUCUUUGAUGGAAAGAAUGUCUCUGAGUUUAUUAGGACCUAUGAGGGCAUGUGCAAGAGACGAGGAAUCCUAGACAGCACUAGCAUAUGUGAUGGUCUCGCUGACUACUGCGAAUUCACCGUGAGGAUGUGGAUUGAGUCUUCGCCAAACUGGAAAUUCAGAGAUUUUAAGGCGCUAAAGGAAGAAAUGCGAGUGAGGUAUCAGGACCAGGAUGGAGACUACUACCGCUAUUCUCGCACCUCUCUGAACGAGCUAGUUACUUAG